AUGAAUAUCAAUGCAGCAUCUGAGGACCUCAUCAAUGGUCUGGAGGAGUACAUAGCAGAGGGCUUUGCCACAGUGACAGUGAGAGAGGGAGUGGACAUCAUUCAGACCAACAUCUCUUUCCUUAGACAGCAGUUCACCCGCAUGGCCACACCCUACGCUGCACAGACCGUCUGCUGCUGCACCCAGGGUCUGGCUCUCAACACCCUACGCUGCACAGACCGUCUGCUGCUGCACCCAGGGUCUGGCUCUCACACCCUACGCUGCACAGACCGUCUGCUGCUGCACCCAGGGUCUGGCUCUCAACACCCUACGCUGCACAGACCGUCUGCUGCUGCAACCCAGGGUCUGGCUCUCAACACCCUACGCUGCACAGACCGUCUGCUGCUGCACCCAGGGUCUGGCUCUCAACACCCUACGCUGCACAGACCGUCUGCUGCUGCACCCAGGGUCUGGCUCUCAACACCCUACGCUGCACAGACCGUCUGCUGCUGCACCCAGGGUCUGGCUCUCAACCUGUACUGUCUCCGAGGGGAACAGAGAGCUCUCACCACACGUUUGGCCCCCGUCUGCUGCUGCACCCAGGGUCUGGCUCUCAACCUGUACUGUCUCCGAGGGGAACAGAGAGCUCUCACCACACGUUUGGCCCCCCGUCUGCUGCUGCACCCAGGGUCUGGCUCUCAACCUGUACUGUCUCCGAGGGAACAGAGAGCUCUCACCACACGUUUGGCCCCCGUCUGCUGCUGCACCCAGGGUCUGGCUCUCAACCUGUACUGUCUCCGAGGGGAACAGAGAGCUCUCACCCAAGUCAUCAACCACCGCAUCACGAGGAUGUCAGCAGAGGUCAACCCCAGCCUGGUCAACUGGCUGACCAGUAUGAUGACCAUGAGACUCCAUGUCAUUCUGGAGCAGUCACUGAGGCACAGGCUGGACAGCAGACAGACACACAGAACAUGGAGAUGGAUGAAGGUCUGUCCCCGGCCCCAGCCACCACAGCAGGGGAGGCCAUGGUUUCAUCAGGGGACAGACAGGAAGUUGGAGCGUCCCCCAGGGUGGCCACCCCCUCGCAGAGAGCAUCAUCAGGGGAGACCGGAAGAGCUGCUGCCAUGGCAGCAGGAAGAAGGGAGGAGUCUGUAGGAGACGUGGAGCCCUGGGCAGCUACAGUGCCCCUCAUCAGACAUGACAUGAAGACUCAGCCCCCUCUGUCUGACGCAUACCUCCACUGGAUGCCUGCCAAGAGGAGGAAGACCCACCAGGGUGAGGGCCCCCAAAUGUCCCUGUCUGAGGCAGUGAGCCGGGCUGCCCGGGCUGCAGGAGUCAUACCUGUCUCUAGCCCAGACAGCCUCCAGGGGGAGCUAGAGGAGCCAGAGCUGCAGGAGGCCUACCAAGAACAGGUGAGGAGUGACAUCAAGGAGAGAGUAAGGGAUGACCAAGACUUCAGCUCCCAGCAUUUCCCCAACACACACCGGGCCUUCUCUCUAGAUGACUCUUAA